AUGCAUGAAGCUGGGUCCGACUACACCAGUGGGCCUCUGGAGCCUGCUGACUACCCCAUGGGGCCUCUGGAGCUUGCGGACUACACUAUGGGGCCUCUGGAGCUUGCCGACUACACUAUGGGGCCUCUGGAGCUUGCCGACUACACUAUGGGGCCUCUGGAGCCUGCCGGCUACACCAUGGGGCCUCUGGAGCCUGCCGGCUACACCAUGGGGCCUCUGGAGCCUGCCGACUACACCAUGGGGCCUCUGGAGCCUGCCGACUACACCAUGGGGCCUCUGGAGCCUGCCGGCUACACCAUGGGGCCUCUGGAGCCUGCCGACUACACCAUGGGGCCUCUGGAGCUUGCCGACUACACUAUGGGGCCUCUGGAGCCUGCCGACUACACCAUGGGGCCUCUGGAGCAUGCCGACUACACUAUGGGGCCUCUGGAGCAUGCCGACUACACCAUGGGGCCUCUGGAGCUUGCCGGCUACACCAUGGGGACUCUGGAGCCUGCCGACUACAUGGGGCUUGACACGGCCUUCUUCAUCAUGCAGGGUGGGUCAUGGCACGUGUGGGUCCAGUCGUAA